CAAACCAUUUCGAUCUGUAUAAUGUAUAAAUCCCUCAGAAACCCUAAUCCUAACAGGCUAAUCCUCAUUUCCUCCGUACACGCAGCUGCUCCCACUUCAACAAAAUGACGACCCACUUGAAGAAGCACAGGAAGAAGCGCGGCCACGUGAGCGCCGGUCAUGGCCGUAUUGGAAAACACCGCAAACAUCCCGCAGGUCGCGGUAACGCCGGAGGAAUGCAUCACCACCGUAUUCUCUUCGACAAGUACCAUCCCGGCUACUUCGGUAAAGUUGGUAUGCGGUACUUCCACAAGCUCCGCAACAAGUUCUUCUGCCCCACCGUCAAUAUCGACAAAAUCUGGUCACUUGUCCCUCCCGAAGUGAAGGAACAGGCCGAGAAGAGCAAUAGUUCUGCCCCUGUGAUUGAUGUGACUCAGUUUGGGUACUUUAAGGUUCUGGGUAAGGGUGUUCUUCCCCCGAGUCAACCCGUUGUGGUGAAAGCCAAGCUCGUAUCGAAGAUUGCCGAGAAGAAGAUCAAGGAAGCUGGUGGAGCCGUCGUCCUCACUGCUUAAUUAGGGUUUGAUUUUGUUCUCUUGAUUAGGGUUUUGGAAUUAAUUACUUUUUAAAUUUUUAUUAAUGUUGACUCCGAACAAUGAGUUUUGUUCUAUUACCCUUACAUUGUUACAAUGCAUAUUAUCAAUGUCCAUGAGUUAUUAUAUGUUUUAAGUGGUUUUGUAUCUA